AAGAACAUGAGCUUCCGCUGUCUGGCCCAUCGUUUUUUAAAAUAGAGCUGAAAAUUCUAAAAAUUGCUAGAACAUCACAGUUUGCAUUUGUAGUAUGCAAAUACUAAAAAAAUAAAAAUAAAAAAAAUACUUUUUUUUUUUAAUGUAAAUAAAACAUUGUGCAUGGGGAAUUUGGCUUAAGCACAUAAACAAUGUCUGCCAUGUUCGAGGGAAAUGCCUUGUCAAGCAUGCAGACGUCUCACUACCACACUCCAAACAAUUACAGCCCUCAAGAGCUGGCUUUAGAAAUCAAGGCUUUCAUCAGCGGUGUUGACCAGACGCAGGGACGCAAACUCAGUGUUCGCGAUCAUGCCCGCUGCGCAGUGCGCCUCCUCCGAACCGUCCCAGCCUGCCGCGGAGCCGUCUUGGAGCACUUAAGGGGAGUGUAUGAUGAAUAUGUAGCAUCUUUUUUACAAGAUCUGGAGGCAGAAGGUGAAAAUGGAGGUAACAGUACAAGUGGAGGAGGCAACACCAGUGUAUCCAACCUUGAGGAUGUUAUUAAAGAGGUCCAUGCAGUCCUUUUAGAAUUCAUCACGCUUAGCCCUAAAGCUUGGGCUCCACUUGUGUCCACAUGGGCCGUGGACCUUCUUGGUCAGCUUAGCAGCAAGCAUGCAGGACGAAGAGCAGCACCUCACUCCUCCAGCCUCAAUGAGCUGCUGCAGCUAUGGAUGUCAUGUGCAGCCACUCGCUCACUCAUGGAGUGCUACUCUCAGUGUCUAGCAGCCAUGUUGGCCUGGUGCCCUGAUGCAUGUGUGGAUGCAUUGCUGGACACCUCUGUCCAGCACUCCCCCCAUUUUGACUGGGUUGUUGCCCACAUUGGCUCAGCUUUCCCUGGAACUAUCAUCAGUAGGGUGCUGGCUUGUGGCCUCAAAGACUUUUAUGCACAUGGCUAUUCCUCUACAGAGAGGAUAAACCAACAGCAGGCAAUAGACAAGGGCAGUAGGGUGCCCAAAAUUGGCUCAGUGGUUGGUAUCCUUGGGCACUUGGCCUCCAGGCAUUUAGAGAGCAUCAAGAAAGAGCUUCUUAGGAUGUUUCAGGAUAGUCUGUCUCCUCCACCUCAAAAUGUACCUCCACAUUCAUCUGGGGCAGGUGGGUGGGAGAGCUCCCCUCAUCUCCGUCGGGCCACUGUGCCCUUCCUGCUUCAGCUGGCUGCUCUUUCCCCUACUCUCCUGGGUGCUGUUUCUGCAGAGCUGGUGGAGUUUCUCCGACCACCUGUCCUCGUUCAACUCCAGGCUCAGUUUCAGGCCUUGCCACGGGAGGAGCUCGAGAAUAUGUUGGGUCUAGCAGUGCAUCUCAUUAGCCAAAGCCCAGCAGGUGGAUCAAGGGUGCUAAAGUUCCUUGCUGACACUGCCACACCGUCUUCUGUGAUCAUAUCAGGCCCUACAACCUCCCCCCAUGAUAGUAUUCGAGAAGCAUGUGACCGCUUGCUCCAAAUGCUUCUUUUACAUCUUCACAAGCUUGUGCACAACCGGCCAGAGGGUGAUGAACCCUACCAACACUCUUCCUCUGCCUCUAGUUCAGCAAUGCCUCAAGUGAUUAAAUUUCUAGAGGAGCUCCAGGGACACAUAGGUGAACUGUGUGCUGAAGCUCUCCGGCUCGAGCGGAAGAGGCACCUCUGGUUUCAUCAGCUCCUGUGUCUGUUAUCUGUGUAUGGCGGACCGAUUGUGGCCACCGAAGCUUUGUGUCAGCUCUUCACCCAAGCCCGGAACCCAGAGGAGCUUGCCCUGGCCUCACAACUGUACACUCCCCUCUCCACUUCUCUUUCUGGGUUGCUUCCCUCAACAGUAGCCCGCUGUGUUGCCCAGAUCCACACUCAGAACCUCAACAAUAGAGAGUUAGCUCAGCUCCUAAACAACCUGGCUACAGCAGUACAGAGUCAAGAGGAGGAUCGUAAAAAUGGAGGAGCUGCAGCAGGCAGUUUAGCUCAGUCAUCUAUGUCUGCGCAAGUCAGAGUUGCUGUUUCUAAUCACCUUCAUGAUUUCUGCCCAUUGCUUCUCCAUGGUGACACUAUGGUAUCCAGGGCUGCUGUCCGUCUGCUUUCAUGUAGCCAACUUCCCAGAGCUUGUUCUCCAGCUCAUCUGUUGCUGAUAUGUAGAGCGGCAGUGUCACACUUCUUUAUGUCUCUUCGGCAGCGAGGUGACGGCCUUGAGAUAGGAUGGCACGGAGGGGAUGAGGCAGUGGGCUACUCCAUGCAAGUGUUGUCACGUCUGGCAGCCUAUUCUCCCUUGACACUGAAAGCUGUGCUGCAACAAUUGGUGGAGGGAGCCCUACACAAAGGAAACAGAGAUUUGUUUGGAGGUCUGCAGGAUAGCCCAGGUGAUGACACAACACAAUUCCCCAAUCUUGUCCCAGACUUGGGCGUCUCACUUCUGGACAUCAACUGCAAGUUUGGCACCUCUAUUAACUUCUCUGGUAGUGUGUGGUCUGUAUUCCAUGCUGGAGUGAUUGGAAAGGGUUUGAAACCCCCUCACAUGGCCUCACAACCUGACCCAGACAGAGUCAAUCAGAAUAUUCAGACCUUGCUUGCAGUCACUGUUCAGUGUAGUAGUUCAGGUGGAGGAAGCACCACUAGCAACACUAGAAAAGGCUCUGCCGCAGGUGCUGGUAAUGGCCGCUACCCUCAUACCAGUGAACCUUUCAUUUCAGAUGAGCUGCUCCCAAUUAAUGCUGAAGCUGCAAAGGUCAUUGCGGUAACCUUGGUGGAAAACAUCUGCCCAGAUGUAGCAAACGGAGAACUGUCAUGGCCUCCAGAGGAACAUUCAAAAACGACAGUUGAGCGGGACAUACACAUCCGUCGUUGCUUUGAAGGAAACCCUGUGCUGUUCCAUCUCCUUCGCGUGGUUGCGGCUGGACGUCCAGCUCUGUGCUACUGCUCUGUUGUUCUAAGGGGCCUACUUUCCACCUUACUGGCUCACUGGGAAUCAUCGAGGGAACCAUCUGUGUUGGACUCCCUCUGGCACCUUCAGGCCUCUUGUUUGCUUGUAUCAUGUAUGGGUGAAGGACAGCUUCUUCCCCCAGUUUUAAGUAACAUCCAAGAGGUCUUCCCUCACAUCUCACCUUUCGAAGUCAGGCUGCUGCUGUUGGGUGUAUGGGAGUACAUGCGGGGGAACAGCCCUAUGCCACAGAAGUUCACAUUCUGUGCAGACCAAGGACUUUUCUUUCGAGACUUUUCACGGGAUGGUGAUGUUGCACGAUAUACUGCACCCAUCCACAGUGUUCUGCAUAAGAACAUUGACCGCCUGGGACACCUUUGCUGGAGGUUUCAAGUUUAACAUCUGUUAAGAGCAAACAAAUUAUGGGGAAUGUGGUUACAAACCAUAAUAUUCUUGCAUUCAAAUAUUUUUCUACAUGGAAUUUUUAUAGUAACUAAAGCAGUGCAUAGAUGUGAAUUGGACAUUUCUACAUUUUCAGCAAAAAUAGUAAUGGAAAAACAAUUUUAAGCACUAUGUAAUUGAGACAUGUUUGGUGAAUUUAUUUUCUGCCAGCUGUUUUUUUGUCAUAGUAAACCUUUAUAUUGUCCAGCCAAACCUGUAGAAUUUUGUUUUAUUAAUGACUGAAACAUUUUUAUGUAUACAGUAGAGUGUAAGACACUUGAAAUCCUUUUCUAUUUGCAUUUUGUGUUGGGUGGAAAAUAGUAAA